AUGGUCGCUACAAAUCUCCGCGCUACAAAGAGGCUAGCCGCUGCUGUGUUGAAGUGCGGCAAGAACCGUGUGUUCUUGGACCCGUCUGCCUCUCGUGCUACGGUGUUGCAGGAAGCAGGUUCUCGUGCGCAGGUUCGUUCGCUGAUUGGACGUGGUGCGAUCUUGAAGAAGGCGGUUAAAGGCAAUAGUCGUUACCGCUGCCGAGUAUACCGGGAGGCGAAGAGAAAGGGUCGCCACAUGGGUCUGGGUAAGAGAAAGGGAACACGUAAUGCCCGUUGCUCAUUCAAGUCGCAAUGGAUCCGUCGUAUCCGACUUCUCCGUCGUGUACUCCGCAAGUACCGUGCACAGAAGGUCAUUGACUGUCACACAUAUCACCAGUUCUACCUCAAAGCUAAGGGCAACCAAUUCCGUAACAAGAAGGUCCUCGUAGAGGCCCUCUGGGACGCCAAGAACGCUCAGAACAAGGAGAAGCUUCUUGCCGAACAACGUGAAGCACGUCUUGCCCGUGCUGCCGCUCGUAAGGAGAAACUGGCCAAGAAGGAAGCUGCCGCCCUCGCCGCCACCCAGGAGUAA